CCCGGCCGUCACUGCGCAGACGCAGCCCGCGAGCGUGAGGCUUCUGGAGACGACCCGGUUGCGGGCGCUGGGGUGCUCUGGGGUUUGCGGCCUGCGUUCGCUCAGCUCCAGCCGUGCACGACCAGAGGCAGCCAGGCGCCGUGAGCCGAGUCUCCCGCUCCCUGGGCACCGUGAUUAUGGAGAAUCAGGUGCUGACGCCGCACGUCUACUGGGCUCAGCGGCACCGCGAGCUGUAUCUGCGCGUGGAGCUGAGCGACGUGCAGAACCCUGCCAUCAGCAUCACUGAAAACGUGCUGCAUUUCAAAGCACAGGGCCAUGGCGCCAAAGGAGACAAUGUCUAUGAAUUUCACUUGGAGUUCUUAGAUCUCGUGAAGCCAGAGCCGGUUUAUAAACUGACCCAGAGGCAGGUAAACAUUACGGUGCAGAAGAAGGUGAGUCACUGGUGGGAACGACUCACCAAGCAGGAGAAGCGCCCACUGUUCCUGGCCCCUGACUUUGAUCGCUGGCUGGAUGAAUCUGACGCAGAAAUGGAGCUCAGAGCCAAGGAAGAAGAGCGUCUGAAUAAACUACGGCUAGAAAGUCAAGGCUCCCCUGAAACGCUGACAAGCUUGAAGAAAGGCUACCUGUUCAUGUACAAUUUUGUGCAGUUCUUGGGAUUCUCCUGGAUCUUUGUGAACCUGACGGUGCGGUUCUUUCUCUUGGGAAAAGAGUCCUUCUACGACACGUUUCACAGCGUGGCUGACAUGAUGUAUUUCUGCCAGAUGCUGGCAGCUGUAGAGACCAUCAAUGCAGCAGCUGGAGUCACCAGUUCACCGGUGAUACCGUGUCUCCUGCAGCUUCUUGGAAGAAAUUUCAUCCUGUUUAUCAUCUUCGGCACCAUGGAAGAAAUGCAAAACAAGGCUGUGGUUUUCUUCGUGUUUUACUUGUGGAGCACAAUCGAGAUUGUCAGGUAUCCCUUCUACAUGCUGUCCUGCAUCGACAUGGACUGGAAGGUACUCACGUGGCUGCGUUACACCCUGUGGAUUCCUCUGUACCCCCUGGGAUGCUUGGCAGAAGCUAUCUCGGUGAUCCAGUCCAUUCCAGUAUUCAAUGAAACCGGAAGAUUCAGUUUUACAUUGCCAUAUCCAAUGAAAAUCAAAGUUAGAUUUUCCUUUUUUCUUCAGAUUUAUCUUAUAAUGUCAUUUUUAGGGUUAUAUAUAAAUUUUCGUCAUCUUUAUAAACAGCGCAGGCGACGAUACGGACAAAAAAAGAAGAAGCUCCACUAAUGAGAGGUUUAGAAGGCUUCUGACCGUCUGAGCCUAACCUGUGAUUCUUAAAAUUUUACCUUCUUGUACUGAUGUAAACUUUUUAAAAAGUUAAACAGUUAAAUUCGCAGUGAGGCUAUCUCCCCUCCGCAGUCCAUUCCCGACCUGCUGUGUUGCCUUAGCGUAGUCCUUGCAUGAUGUGGACUCCAAUGCCUGGCCACAGGCCUGUUCCCGGUGUGCAGCGGUGACAGCAGGCUCUGCCCAGCUGCUCCGUCGUCCUCAGGUAGGAGCGCUCACCGCUGGGAUGUGUGCUUUCUCCCUAUCGUAGUGAAAAAACGCAGACUGUAUCGCUCUCUAGAACACUGCUGAAGUGACUCUGGCACUGUCCGCAAAGGGGUGCUUGCGUAGCGGGGGAGGGCCUUUGUGAAAGUCAGUGUGGCUGGUCUUUGGGGAGUCUGGGUCACAGUGGGGCUGGAGUGCAGCUCUGCACCUGACUUCUACAUCCGUAGUACGGUGGCGCUUACCCGUGUGGGCGCCGAAAGGCACAGGCGAUUUACUCUAACGCAAGCAGAGCCUUGGGACACCAUGAUCACUUCACGGCUAGGGAGAGCGGGACCAUUCUCAAGUCCAAAGAAAGGACUUAGAAAUAUUAGUUCCACACACAGGUGGGGCUCAGGAAAGAACACAAACAUGUUGGCCAAACUGACACAGCCAGACCUGCCCAGAAGAUGGCCUGUGGCACGCUGGGAAGUGAACACAGACCAGGCUGGAGCGGGCCCUGCCUAAGUACCUCAGAGCCGGGCACAGACCCAGACAGCCCUCAUUCCCUUGUGCCGGCUGAGUCUGAUUCCUGCCUAUUUCUCUGAGAGACCGUGGGGGAGGCUAUGCAUUUUUAAACCUCAAAAAUGUGUUUUUUUGUGCUGUUGUUGGAUUGGCUUUUUUAACCUUGUGUGCAGGACCCUGAAAACAGCAGGAAUUUUGGCUGGGAAAUGACCUGCUGGUCCUUUACCAGGGACUCCUGGUAGGAAACCCACAAGGGGGAACUGAGGAACCGUGUUGAGCCGUGAUGGCUGGCCACUGUAAAAACACAUCAGUUUCCCCCAGUACAUUCCACGUAAAGCAGCCGAAAUAAGUGUUAGAAGUGACACUUGCGUUAAAAGAAUUUAAGGCAUAGUCAUGCUUUCUGUUCCGCCAGCCCCAGUGUUCCUGUAGAGAGAUUGAUCAGCUUUAACCUAGUUUCUGAUUAGCAGAAACUGACUGGUGUUUUCAAACCUCAUUGCACUGAAGGGCAUUGCGCAUGUCUGUAACUUCUGCUGACACCUGUUUGUACUGACUUCUGUAACCAGGCAGCUCAGCUUUGCAGUAAGUGCUGCUGCGUUCUUGUCCUUGGGCAAAGCCCUGUAUCUUAAUGAUUGUUAAGAGCCCCUCUAUUUCUGUCUGAGGAAGACUGUGUAUUUAUAUUAAAACAUUUGCAAUCAAAAUCUUAAGAA